AUAAGGUGCCCUGAAAACUUUAUGUCAAUUCCCAAAUUGACUAACCCCCCAUAUCUCUCUCUCUCUCUAAUGGAGCAAAACUCACAACCCAAAUGGGAAUGGAAGGUUUCAACAAACCUAAAACAUGCAAGUGCAGAUCAAAUAUGGCUUCUUUUCAAGGACUUCUUCAAUCUCCACAAAUGGUUUCCAAGCCUACCCACUUGCUGUGGCAUCCAUGGUACCAACGGUGAGGUCGGUUGCAUCCGAUACUGUUCCGGGGGGCGACUCGCCUCACAGGGCGGUGACAGCCCUGUUAGUUGGUCCACUGAGAGACUGACAGCUGUUGAUCCAGUAGAGAGGAUGAUUAGUUAUGAGAUCGUUGACUGCAACGUUGGUUUCAAGUCCUAUGUUUCGACAGUCAAGAUCGUUCCGGGAGGCGGUGGUGAUGGGAAAGAUGAAGGGUGUGUGAUCGAGUGGUCUGUCACCGUUGAUCCGGUUGAAGGGUGGAGAUUGGAAGACUUGGUGAAGAGGUACCAACUUGCGUUGGAGAGCAUGGCUGAGAAAAUGGAGGAUGAUCUAACUAGGAAGCUCGGAUGACAUGUCAUCAUGUAUUUCAUUAUAAAUAAUGUUUUGUAACUUGUUAUUUCUUGAACAGAACCUUCUAUGUAUAUAUAUAUAAAUAAUAUUUUAAAGUUAGGUUUUUUUU